AUGGCGUUGCCGAAGAGAAUCGUGAAAGAGACUGAGCGCCUGAUGGCUGAGCCGGUUCCCGGCAUCAAUGCUGUGCCUCACGAGGACAACCUGCGGUAUUUCGAUGUUUCCAUUCAUGGACCGGCGCAAUCUCCCUACGAAGGUGGGAUCUUUCACCUUGAGUUGUUCUUGCCUGAAGAUUACCCCAUGACCCCGCCGAAGAUUCGAUUCUUGACCAAGAUCUAUCAUCCUAAUAUCGACCGGCUUGGACGGAUCUGUUUGGAUGUGCUCAAGAACAACUGGUCUCCCGCUCUCCAGAUUCGCACUAUCUUGCUUUCGAUCCAAGCUCUGCUGGGAGCCCCCAACCCGGAUGACCCGCUAGCAAAUGAUGUUGCCCAACGUUGGAAGGAAGAUGAGCCUGCAGCCAUCCAGACUGCCAAAGAAUGGACCAAGAUUCAUGCGACGAUCUAG